AUGGCCGCCGCCAAGGUCCCUGAAAUUGCAACAAGCUAUGUCUUGGAGCCAGCCGACAAGUUUCCCCUUACCGACGAGUGCAAACACUACGAGGGCAGGCAUCAGGUGCCAUGGGAUAUUCAAAAAUACUUUUCACAGAGAUAUUCCAUAUUUUCCUGGUACGACGAAGGCGUAUACCUCACAGACGACGCCUGGUUUGGUGUCACUCCAGAACCAGUAGCAAACGAAUUGUCAGCUACAGACGCCUCAAAAGACACCCUCAUAGAUGCUUUUGCUGGCGCCGGAGGCAAUACUAUCGCCUUCGCGCUCACCAACCGCUGGAAGCGAAUCAUCGCUGUCGAACGUGACGCCUCAACCUUGGCAUGCGCCCAGAACAACGCAGAGCUCUACGAGGUAGACCCUUCAAUAAUCACCUGGGUUCAUGCAGAUAGUUUUGAGUACCUGGAGCUUUUAAACAAUCGGCCUGAGGAACUUCAUCCAGGCCUGAGGGUCGAUGUGAGCAAGACGGUGCUGUUUUCAAGCCCGCCGUGGGGAGGCCCAGGAUACAGGACAGACGAGGUGUUUGACCUGAGCAACAUGCAACCGUACAACUUGGAUAAGUUGCAUUCGUCAUAUAGGAGCAUGGAUCACGUAUUGUAUCUGCCACGGACGAGUGACAUUCGGCAGAUUGCAAAGCUGGCACCAGAGGACAGGAAGGUGGAUGCUGUGCAGUAUUGCAUGGAGGGCGCCAGCAAAGCUUUGGUGGCGUACAUUCCGAGAUGUGAGGCCCAAGGAUGA